AUGGUGUUCAUCCUCAAGGUUGUCAAUCUGAAGGUUGGACGAGUAUUGAUUGAUACUGGCAGCUCGUCCGACAUAAUCAGCCUAGCUUGUUUGAAAAUUUUGAAGUUUCCCGAAGAUGCUAUGAAGGAUAUCUCUCACCCGUUAGUUGGGUUUGGUGGGAGCAUUAUCCAGCCCGUUGGACGAAUAGACUUGCCUGUCCGAUUUAGACAAAAGGGAGAAGGAAGGAACAUGGUCGUCCACUUCAUGGUCGUUAAAGAGCUCACUGGCUAUAAUGUCAUCAUCGGUCGUCCAACCUUGAACUUAGCAAAGGUUGUAAUUUUCCAUCACUUAAUGUUGAUGAAGUUUAAGCGGUCGGAGGGGAAGAUAGGUUCAAUUCAGGGGAACCAAAUAAUGGCAAAAGAGUGUAAUCAGCGGGCCAUGAAGCCAACUUCACUCGAACAUGGCAAGGCGUCUGAGCAAAACUCAGAAGGAGGGUCACUCCAAGCAAUGCAGGUCAGCGAAAAGCUCAAGUCAUUCAAGAAAGAGCAGGCAUAG